UCUCAAUAAUAAUAAUACAGUGUGUGAUCUCCUGUCCCAGCCUGAGGAACAUUGAGCUUGUCUCCCAGUAAUGCUCCAUGUUUGUAUGUGAAUGUAUUAUGUUGUGUCUUUAUUGUAAAUGUCUGUAGAUCUUGUGUUAAUUGUAUUUGUAUACUUGCUUUGGCAACACUGGUUUAUUCACUGGUCGUGCCAGUAAAGCUUCUUGAAUUGAACUGAAGGAAGAAAGGAGAGGAAGAGGAGAGAGAGAAAAUGAUGUUGUGUGAUGUAUGUAAAUGUCCUAUGAUGUGUUUUUUCUUUACAUGUCUGUAGAUGUUGUGUUGAAAUAGAAAUUGAGAGAGGGAGACAGGAGAGAGAGGGGGAUAGGAGUGAGAGGAGAAGGAGAGACAGGGCAGUAAAUUGUUACAGACAGAGAUAUGGGCAGCGCUGGUGUGCAGUCUGUGCACUGAUGAAGUUUCAAGACACACAGUGCCCUUCAGUAGUACUGGCCAGCAAGGUCUGAGGCAAUUGUGUCUCACACAGCUUCCCUCGAGAGGCAGUUAAUCACAUAGUCUUGAGCUACUUCAUGCUGAAGGAGAAGGAGUUCUGGGCUGACAGCUGUGUCUUGCUGCUCAGGUGUUUGUUGUUGGGUAACUAGUCUCACAAACGAGCUGUGAAGCUCUGAUCAGCCUGCCUUGGGCUGACUUCAGUGUCUGGAGUCCUUAGCUCGCAGACAAAAUGAAAACCAAAGAGUUUUCUGUGAAAUAAAAGCAGGCAUUUGUAUAGCUGGAAGGUUAGAAAAGCUCAGUCCGAACAACUGUGCAUUCCUUCCUCAACAAUUUGGAAUCUGCUGAAGAAGAAAGAAACCGCAGGUAUAAUUACCAAUCAGACAAGGAAACACAGCAGAGCUCAUAGAAAGUAUCAGAGCUGUCAAGGAAAACACUAAAAUACUUGUCAGUAAAAUCACCACCCCUGAGCACCGCGGCGAAGGUGCCAGAAUCUACUGUUCACAGAGGACAGAGCAGAAUUGCACAGACUGCACCGCAAGUUCUAACCUCUCAUCAGCUCCUGGGACACAAACAACAGACUGGAAUUUGCUCAGAAGUACAAAGAUGAGUCAGGAGAGUUUUGGAGCAAAGUUUGAUGGACAGAAGAGCCCAAGAUCAACCUUCACCAAAGUGAUGUAAAGGCUAAAGAAAGCAAGGGUCUGCAGAUCGUCUUGUGCCCUUGUGUCUUGUGCAUGUCUGCCCACCUCGAUACAGCUUGCUGGAGGUAAAGUCAUGACUGCCUCUGGAAGUGACUCACUCCAAUGUCCUGAUCACUGUAGCGGCAGAAUGAACUCAAGUUUACAACGGCGUUGGGUUUUAUUACUUAUACAUUCUUACUUGGCUGCAGUCCACCCCGCCACACAACAAUGACCUGAAACAUACGGAGGGAUUUUGCAUCCUUAAAAACAAAACGGAAGUUGGGAAUACCAAGAAUUUGGUUGCAGCAGAGGUGUAACAAAGCAUCUCAGUUAUUAUAGAAAAUUGGAUGGCUCUGUCCAGAGGGUGUCUCUCUUGCGUUAAAUAUCUGAUGUUCAUCUUCAACCUCAUCUUUUGGCUGGGCGGCUGCGGGCUGUUUGGCGUGGGGGUCUGGCUGUCCUUCACCCAGGCGGACUUCGCCAGCCUGCCCUUCUACUUCCCCUCCAUCUCCGCGGCCAACCUGCUGCUGGUGGCUGGGGGCGUUACCAUGGUGACGGGCUUCCUGGGCUGCCUGGGGGCACUGAAGGAGCAGCGCUGUCUGCUGUUGACGUUUUUCACAAUACUGCUGCUCCUUGUCCUCACUGAAGUCACUCUGACCAUCGUACUGCACGUCUACAGAGAACAGCUGGACAGGAAAGCGCAGGACGAGCUGAAGGAGGGGAUGAAGGAGUACAAACACAACGAGGGGCUGAAAGGGUCGUGGGACAACGUCCAGAAGAUGCUGAAGUGCUGCGGGGUGUCCAACAAGACCGACUGGCACCCCGUCCUGAACAGCACCCUGCCACCCUCCUGCUGCCGCGGAGAUGCUGACCCCUGUCUGGACGGCUGGGACGAGGCCUGCUAUCAGAAGGCAAAAGACUGGCUGGUGAAGAAUAACAAGCCUGUCCUGGUCUUCGUGAUCUGUAUCGGAAUUGUACAGGUGCUGGCUCUGGGCUUCUCUCUGCUGAUGUACUGUCAGAUCCUGAGAGCGGAGAAGUACCUGGACUGAGAGAAAGCCGAGCUCGUCACUGCUGGUGGGAUGAGUGUUUGUGUGUGUCCCCUCUCUCUCUCCCCGUCCUGUCGCGGCUGUGACCCCUCUCUGACCCCUGGAUCACUGCGGGGCCGAGUGGGCUUUAGCUCCUUCCUCUCUCUGAACGCCGUGUGAGGGCGGGCUGCAUCCGAGGAGCCGCCUGUCCCGGCAGCGCUGUGGGAAGGCCGGGGCCCCUGGCAAAUAGUGGCCCCCAGCACAGGCUGGGCACAAGCUGCCUUGGACCAUAUAUAGCGCCCCCUAAUGGUCAGCGAUGCUGUGCAUGGGACCCUGUUCAGCUCACGCCACACCAGCCCUGAAACUUAACUCCCCCCACCCCGGGGUGCCCCAGAUCUUCAUGAGCGCAGGGGGCGCCCCCACCUCCCGCGCAGGAGGGUGCAGGUCUCACCGGCCUUCAUUCACCGAGACCCUGAGAGCCACCGGCAGCGCUGUGCCCAGAGACGUCGCCCCCUGCUGGCUGGAGUCAGGUCCCUGGCUGCCCAGCAGGGAACACCUUGCCCUUGGGGUGCCGGCACCCCCACACACGGCAACGAGCUCUUCGCAGCGCACAGGACUCUGCCUCUCGCUCCCCGCCAGCAGCACGACAGGACGAGCCUUCAUGACAGCCUGCCAGCACACACUCUGUAAGCCUCCCUAGAUAUAUCAUUCGCUGUGAAUACUUUAUUAUUAAUAAUUCUUUAUCAUUCAUAUAAAACAAUAAAAUGACAAAAAAAUUGACA